AUGUCCGACAACCCUUCCUCGCCGCUGCUUGGCAGUCCCGCCAGAUCCAGGUCCAGCUCGCUCUCCAAAGACUCACGCCACUCUGAUGAUUUACACGAAGAUACGCCUUUAUUAUCACGGUCCGACGAUACUCCUCGAUAUGAUGGAUCACAAGAUGGUGCAGAGGAAGGGGUGCCUUCGGCGGCUGCGAUAUCGUUGCGAUCCUUGCAAAAUGGGCAUGGCUCGUCGUCAUCGCUGGCGUCAAAGGGCGUUCGACGAUGGCCAGCAGUCGUGUUUGCUGCCCUUCUCGCGACAAUCAUUAUAGCCAUCACUCUCGGUGCAUUCUUUGCUCCUGGCGCUGUUGAAGAGUACGCCAAAGAGGCCUUGGUUAUCGAGCCAACGAAUCUAUCGAUAGACUCUAUCACUAGCACUGGUGUGAAUGCGAGGAUCCAAGCUAGUUUUAGAAUGGACGCCUCAAGAGUGGCGAACGAGCAUAUCAGGAAUAUCGGUCGCUUUGGCACUUGGAUUGCCCAUAAAGUCGAGACCCAAGAAGCUAAAGUGGAAGUCUACUUACCGGAAUACGGAAAUCUCCUUAUCGGCACGGCUACUGUACCACGAGUCGUGGUCAAUAUCCGGAAUGGGGAAACAACCCUGAUUGACUUCAUCGCAGCACUAGAGCCAGGCAAUAUUGAAGGCAUCCGACAGGUCGCCAAUGACUGGCUCGAGGGCCGCCUGGGUACAUUGAGGGUACUGGGCAAGACGAAUGUUGGCCUUAAAACUGGCUUGAUUCCCCUUGGGACUCAGACCAUCUCAGAAUCACUUAUGCUUGAAGGCGACCACCUAACUAUUCCCGAGUACAAUAUCACGCGCCUCAAUUUCCAUGAGAUUCCUCUUUCCUCUAGUGGCCGUCGGGGUAUGGCUGCAGAUGUCUCUCUAUCUGUCAUAAACAGUUACCCGGUCAAGUUCACCAUCCCACCGCUCGGAUUUGACAUCCUGGUGCCAAACUGCGUGACGGAUGAUCCGUACAUUCGUCUGGCAGAGGCAACAACGGACAUUGUCGCCGUGAACCCUAUCUCGGAGGUAGAAGUCGGUGUUGAAGGUGUCAUUCGGGAGCUCCCCGAGUCACUGAUUCAGGACUGCCCACACACAAAAUCAUCGCCCCUAGAUCUGUUAUUAGGAGAUUACAUUCAUGGCCAGGAGACGACAGUAUUUGUACGAGGCUCGAGUGCCCCGAACGAACACACACCUGAGUGGAUUACCCAGAUCAUAUCUAGUGUCACGGUUCCAGUUCCGUUUCCAGGACGCACUUUUGAUAAGCUCAUCCGAAAUUUCUCCCUGGAGGAUACCAAUUUCAGCCUUCCGGAUCCGUUCGCGGAGCCAGGAUCGGAUGAAGCAAAUCCACGAAUCUCGGGCAAUAUCAACGUAAUUGCGAGCUUGCCCAAGGAGAUGAAUUUUGGACUCAAUGUUACACGAGUCAAAGCUACAGCCGAUGUUUUCUACAAAGGCGAUAAGCUUGGAGUGCUCAAUUUGCGAAAGUGGCAGAAGGCUGAAUCAUCACGGAUUGAUCCUACAGAUGGAGAGGAGGCCAUGCUGAGAAUUCAAUCUCUCAUCAAGAACGUUCCGCUCAACAUCACUGAUAGCGACGUAUUUUCCGACGUUAUACAAGAACUCAUCUUUGGUGGAGGCGACGUGAUACUUGAGAUUCAAGCUCUUGUUGACGUCGAAGUGUCCACGGUCCUAGGGAAACUUCCCGUCAAACAGAUGCCUGCUAAUGGCGUUGUUCCUGUCAAACCGAUCUCUACAGGCGACGGCUUUCGAAAUCUGAACCCAAAGGUCGGCGAUCUACGAGUCUUGAGUACGGAUAAGACUUCUUUGAACUUCGAGGCCCGGGUCAACUUCACCAAUCCCUCUAACUACACCGCCCAAAUACCUUUUAUCAACAUACAUGUUCUCAACAAUGGCUCUGUCGUCGGCGAAGCUACUGUGAGAAAUGUCGCUGUUGUCAAGGGCAACAACACGAAUGUGCUUGUGCAGGCGACCUGGGGCCCAGCUAAAUUCGGGGCCGAGAAAGGCAGAAACAUCGGGCGAGAAUUUAUAUCUCAGUAUAUUUCCGGAUUCAACACCAGCUUGACUUUCCAGGCCCACAAUGAAUCCAUUCCUCACCAGCCGAGACUUGGCCAAGCCCUCAGCAAAUUCGGGAUAGAGAUCCCUACCCCUAGGCUAUCCUCACCAGGGCAUGGCGACGACGGCAAAGACGGCGAAGAUAUUGAUGAUAAGCCCCAUUUCAUCGACGCUGCUAUCUUCCACCUAUUCUCCUCUAAGGCUGAGUUCAUUCUCAUUUCACCUCUACAACAUAGCACGAUAUUCCUCCAAAACAUAAACGCUACCGCAUUCUAUAACCAUACCGAACCUGUGGGCAGGAUUGAAUAUGAUCUGCCUUUUAAGGUUCCUCCUGGCCGCAGCACAACUCCGAGACUUCCAGUUGAAUGGUCGUUUGAUUCUGUUGGAUAUGAAAGGAUCAAGGAAGCUUUGGGAGGGAAGAUGAAGCUUGAUGGGAGAGGCACUGUUGAGGUUAAACUUGAACACUGGUCUGAAUCGGUUUGGUAUAUUGGUUCUGGAAUUGGUGCAAGCGUUAAGUUAUGA